UAUCUCUCUCUCUCUUUCUCUCUUUUUCUAUCCCAAUCCAAAAAUUUGAUCUUUUCUUCUAUAUCGUCGCCAUAUCCGUUUAAACUUGAAUUCGCUUUGAUCGGAGAAAUCAAUCGAACCCAUCUUCAACUUUGUUGACCUCUCUGUUCACCCUCCAUCUCUCUUCUGAAGGAAUUCAAGCGUCACCCUUUUUGGAUUCUCCCGAAAUAUGGGGAAAAAUCAAACCUAUAAAGCUAUGCAGAGAGCAAAACUGUCUGGAAGUUCAGCCGGGCAAGAAGAUGUUGAAGACGGCAUGGUGGAUGGUUCUUUUCAUUCACCAGAGUGGCAUGCUGCUCGUUUGGCUAGCCUUAAAACUUCUCAUACCAUCACUUGGGAAGAAUACAAAAAGAAGCAAAAGGAAGAUGAGUUGAAAAAGGGAGAACAAGAGGCAGAUAAAGAUAGACUGAUGAAAGAAUACAGAGCUCAGCUAGAUGCUGAAAGGGCAGUUAAGCUGGCCAAAGGAAGAAAUCACUCAAACAACAAAUCAUCUGAUACUAGGAAGAAGGCAUAUAAGGACAAGGAAUCCAGAAGUAGGAGCAAAAAGCGUAAGCGUUCAAAAAGGUCUUCUGAGUCGAGCUCGUCUUCAGAAUCCUCCAGUAGUGAGGAUGAUGAUGAUAAAGAAUCAAGAAAAUCAAAAUCAAGAUCAAGGAGAAAGGAGAAGAGAAAACAUAGAUCAAGAUAUAAUCAUUCUUCUUCUAAUGAAGAAGAAGAGGCUGGUGGACCUUUGCCGCUGUCUAGAUUUUUCGGGAGUAAAGCGAAAACCUGAUUAAGUUUUGUGUGUUUGUUGGUAUUUGCGGUGAAGAUUUUUUUUUUUGUUGAGAGUAAAUAGUCUCAAAUCUCAAUUCUUCACUAGUAUCAGAUUUAUUAUGAAGAAAUAUAUUUAAUUUAGCAAGAUGGGUGGAAAUAUAUGUAGUUGUUUUCCAUUAUUUUGGCUCCAAAAUUGUGUGCCUUAGGCUAACUAAUAUGGUUUGCCACAUUUAUAUUAAGCACUUUCAACAU